ACAUGAAUAUUCAAUGAUUUCCUUGCUGUUACAGUGCAAAUAAAGCGAGAUAACGGGCCGUGGACAGCGGGCUAAAACUUUUUAUUUCUGACAUAUUAGAGCAAUGACUUUUGUGUAAUUACGAACCUGGGACACGGAUCCCAGCGAAGGAAUUGGGGUCUGUGCUGGAAGAAGAGAGAGAAGCUCUGAUUUUUUUUUUUUUUUUUUUUUUUUUUUUUUUUUGGGUGUGGAAAACCGGACGGCGCAUUCACAGUAGAUUCUGAACAAGUUUGCCUUUUCCAGAAGUAACAGUGGAAGAGUAAAAGUUACAGUAACAAUAUGAGCUUGCUGUCUGCUAUAGACACCAGUACCUCAGUGUACCAGCCUGCACAGCUUCUCAACUGGGUUUACCUUUCUUUACAAGACACGCAUCAAACGAGCGCCUUCGAUGCCUUCCGACCCGAGCCCAACUCUUCCCAUCCGGACCUGAACUACAGCAAAUCUCCUGCCAAUGACCUGAGCUCCUCUCUCAACUCCAACUAUCUCAACAACUUCUUUCAGCUGCAGAGGAAUGAGGCCCUGAAUAAUGGUUUAUACAAAAGUGUGUCCCCAUACGGCUCUCUUAACAACAUAGUGGACGGGCUGACCUCUCUAACGGACCACUUCUCCGACCUCUCCCUGUCCUCUGAGCCACGCAAGCCCAGCAAGAGACCGCCACCAAACUACCUGUGCCAUCUCUGCUUCAACAAGGGACACUAUAUCAAAGACUGCCCGCAGGCAAGACCCAAAGGUGAAGGACUGACUCCAUACCAAGGCAAGAAGAGAUGCUUCGGUGAAUACAAGUGCCCUAAGUGCAAGAGGAAGUGGAUGAGUGGAAACUCCUGGGCUAACAUGGGACAGGAAUGCAUCAAAUGCCAUAUCAAUGUUUAUCCUCAUAAACAGCGUCCUCUAGAGAAACCCGACGGCCUGGAUGUUUCCGAUCAGAGCAAGGAACACCCGCAGCAUCUGUGCGAGAAGUGCAAAGUCCUGGGCUACUACUGCCGCCGUGUGCAAUAAGGAGGAUCCCGAGGCCGUCUCCACCCUUUUCCAUCGCUUAACCUACCGAAUGCUCCAAGAAAAAGUGAAAAGUGCCAAAAUAUUCAUGUAAAUAUCUCUAACACUAGUAAUGGCUUUGUCUAUCAGCAGCAUGUGAUGCAUUUAUUGUGUAUAAUGGACAAAUGAAUAUGGUUGGGACAGUAUUUCUAUCCGUACGGGACGCAGUGGAUUACCUCACCAUUGCGUCUCCUGAUUGUGUGUUUACAGACUUUCCCUUCAUUCUCCCUGCCAAGUGAACUAUAAGGAUGUGCCAAGCACUAAAGGUGUCAUGUUAGUUUGCUCAAACAAGGGCCCAGUGUGCCUUUGCAGAGUUUUUGGGUCAAUAGCACAUCAUAUUAACUGUGAAUUAACAGAGGGACAAUGGACUUUCCGUCCCUAGCUUUUGUGUGACAUAUUUAUUUAUGUUUGUAUAUCGUUUCACAGUGCAAUUGAAUUAACUAAACUGGGAUAAUUUCGUCUGUGUUUGUAUCUGGACAGGUAUUGUCUAACCCCACCUCUUGCCAUUAGAAACUACUGUAGAAUAGAACUUUCUAAUGCUUCGGAUUAGUGCGUCAGGUAGUUUAUAUCUUUCACGUGCACGCUUUGAAUUGCCAAAUGUGAGAUAUUUUUGUCAAGUUGGCUAAGUGCAGCCCUGGAGGCACCCAUAACAUUUGAACUGAGUAGUUGGAAACUAUGCAAAACCAUUGCAGCUAAUGCAGAGUCAUCAGUUCCUUUACAUUGCUGCGCAGUCAAAUGAAGUGUGUGGAUGAUCGUCACCGUCCUUUGAAAUGUGAUUACGUAUGUUGUCAAUUGUUGCCAGAGAACUGCUUCAAACGUCUUACAAACCUAUGUAAAGAUGAGGUGUUUUUUUUUACAGGGGUUAAAAUGUGAGCUUUUCAGUACAUAUGCUAGCAUUUAAAAACAUAACGCCUGUUCUUCACUGAGAUAUUUGCCUCAGGAUAAAGAGUGUGUUUUAAUGACACAUCUCCGAUGACAUACUGUGCAUGUGUCUUAUACAAACACUGCUCCAGAAAAUGUCAUUAAUUUCACUAUUAUGCAACACAUUCAUUUUUAACUUCAAAAUGAGUCAUUCACAUCCUUCACUCUUAAAAAUAAAAGUUCCAAAGGAGCUUUUUUUUCCACAGCAAUGACUUAAAAGAAGAUUUUGGGUUCGCAGAAGAACAGUUUGUGAAGAACAUUUUAAUUACAUCAAGUGUUCAGUUUGGCCCUUGCACUAAAAUAUGUUUCAUAAAAAAAAAAACUGCCACUGUUAACACAAUCAUUCUGAUCAUAUUUCAGAAUUACUGUAAAUCCUUAAUUUUAAACAUCUUUAUUGCCUAACCCAUAUCGACAGAUUUAUGCGUUAUCUACAAACGCACCUGAUUAAUUACACCGUUUAAACUGUGAUUUUUGGGAAGCAUUUUCUAUUUGAGUGGACAAAUAUAUGGUUGUAAAAGGAAAAUAAGGACAGAGUAUGUAAUGCUGAAGAGUUUUUAUGAGAUGUAAUGAGAAAACACUUUGGGUACAUUUGACUGAUCAGGAGACAAUUAUUAUUGAGAGCAUUAUGAUGGGAGGGUGUUAAUAUUUGGAUGGAUAUAAACGUGUACAGGAUCUCAUAUGUGCUGUUACCUCUUGUUAUGGCUCACACAUAGUACUAAUUGAUCAUAUUUGAGUGUGACCCAGGAUCACUGAACAAUAAUUGUAGUUUUACGUGUUCCAGUGGGAAGUCAUAGACAGAUACUGUGAGAAAUGGCAUCAUCGCGUUGUUAACCCUAGAUGUACAUAAGAAGUUAAAUGCAUUUACAUGGCAGAUACAAUGUAUAUAAUCGUUUAAUUAUCUUUGGAGUCAACAAAUUGUCUGUUGAAUAUUAGUUUCAUUUAUUGGGAUAAACUCAGAUGAAGAUAUGAAUUGGAAACGUCUAGUAGAACAUUUAUUUUUUUUGCCAAGAAAUGCUAUGUAUGAUGUUGAGGAAUAAAAGAGCCGAUUAGAUGUCUGAAAAUGUUAACCAGCUAAUUUUACUUUAGUUACAAAAAUGGGUUGGAGUUUCUGAUGGGAAAUUCAAGGACUAUAAACUGCCAGGGAUUCAAUCGUUAGAUAACUGUUAAAUAAAAAGCAAGGCUGUUUCUGUGAGUCACUUCUUUGUUCUUCGGACGUCGUCAUUUUUUUUCUGAGACCCUUUAUUUCUUAGUAACUGUGUUUUUCUGGAGUUGCUAAUGGCUUUGCUGUGCGUACAUUCUUACAUGCCAAGAUUUUCUUCAGGCUUCAUUUAGGUUGGAAUGAAUUACUUUGCUUUUGAUAAACAUCAUAAUGAAUGGCGUAAUGAAAAAAACAAACAGUAAAAUAAAUGAUUACUGUGGAUUCAUCAUAAUCCUUGCUUAUCACCCAUAGCUGGUAGUCUACACAGUGAUUUUCAUGCAUCUUUGGGAUCAAUUCAAGUUCUGUACACUUUAACAGAUGCACCACUAGAUCGAGGUCUUGUUAUUACAAUUUGCUUUAUUAUAGCAAAAUACUUGCAUUGCACUACGUACAUGACUAAACGAUAACAGCCCUGAGUUUUGUAAAUGUUGAAGGCAGAUUUACAUAACUGAGCUUGCCUUGAUUUCUUCUAUAUUGAAUGAAAGACAGAGCUUGUGGUAUUGACAGUGUACAUGCAUUUAACAUUAUACAAAGUGCUUUAUCCGCAUGUGUUUUUGUCUUGAAAUACAUAUACUUGACUUUUAUAGCUCACUUUCAAUAUAAACUUGUUAUUUUCUAUUAAAGUUAUGUGUAUUUUGGAAACAAUAUAGAUUAUUUAGAUUUUGGAGCAGUUUGAUAUCCAGAUAUGAUUUUGUUGUUUUCCCUUACAAAGAUACUAGUAUGUGUUUUGUGUAUAUAUUCGAUUACCAUUAUUAUCAAGUUAGCAAUUUCAAAAUGUUAUGAUGCAAUAUUAAAACUUUGUAUGUGAAAAAGGGCAAAAUGCUGAGAUGCAAAAGAGCUGUUCGUUUUAUCCUUUCCUUUGAUGUUUUACGAUAAUCUUUGGUUAUAUUCUACAGAAAUAUUUAUGGAAGGAUUCUGGUCUUUUUUUUUUUUUUAACAAUUCAGUUUUGUUUUGUUUUUGUUUUUUUUGUAUAAAAGAUGCAGCCGAAGCUACUCUAUGAAGAAAAUAUUGAUGACUACAUAGAAUAUUAUUCAAAAGUUGGUACAUAAUGAUUAUGCCCUUACAAGCCAUUUAUUUGUUUAGUUUAGUUUUUUUAUUCUGGAUGUUAUUGGUAUAUAGUAACCUUACCUGUUAGGAGCAUUCAUGUGCUUCAAUGUUGUUUAAUCUUUGUGUGUCUGCUGUACAGCAUCUAUGUUUUGAUUUGCAUGUAUAGGAAACCUUCUAACGUCACAGCGGUUUUUAUCACAACAGAGACUGACUCAUACUGUAAGUCAUAGGGCUUUUUUACUGAGGUGUUUUAUUGAUGCAAAACAGUGGCAAAAAGACAUGACUAACUCCAGUCAUUGACCAUAACAAUGAAUUGCACGUACAGACCUUUUACUUGUUCAAAAUGUGUUCGUGAAUCAAGCCCAUACUGUAUGAAAAUGUGAGCUCUAGUUAGCCGUCUCCAGUUACUGCCAAGUCCAGGAAUGAUGGUGAAAUAUUUUUCUUCAUAUGUAAAAAUGGAAAAUAAUCGGACUAUUUUUCAAAUGUCUUUGGGAUUGAAGUUUGCAUGUGCAUGUUUUUUUGUUUUUUUUUAUGAUUCAGAUUCAUCAUUUGUGCAAUGUAUUCUUAUUUAAUAUUAAUACGUUUAAUUCUUGCCAAGAGAUAUUUUGUAGAAUACACCUCUCUAAUUUCUAGUCAUAAAUAAAUGCCUCUAUUUACUCCUAGUAUUUUCCAUUAAUAGAUUUCCUGAAUGUACUGAUUUAACCCUCAUGUUUGUAAUGUCUGUAAAAUAUUUGUCAUCAUAUUGGAGUGGACCGAGCAACAGAAAGAGUUUAUGAGGGAAUCUGCUAGACUGUGAGACGAGAUGAAAUCUGUUGCUCUGUGUCCAUGAAACGGCAUUCCGAUAUGUGCCUUAUUUGUUAGUUAGGAAAACUGAAGACUGUGCUUUUAGGAGUUUGUUCAAUUAAAACAUUGACUAAGUGAA